AUGUUCUACGACGUUUAUUGUGCCCUCUGCGGUGGACCAUUCGGAGAACGCUUCUUGCUGCCUGCACAAGGUCACAUAUAUCCUGAAGACCAUGCAGAAGACCAUGGACCGGUCGACGCUGAGUCGGGCGACUGGCACGGGUACCCAGAUUACUGCGACAAUAGUAUCCUCAGCAGUGAAUCCACCGCAUGGCUCAGAUACGUCCGAGUUAUCGGAAGAGAAAAUCACAGAAACUUUCUCACUGGAGUCGGGACGAUCGUGAACGAUGAUGACUUUCCAGUCGCCUCGGUGGACGCAGGAUGUGAUGAGAACGUCCCUCCACCGAGUGUUCUCAACUCGCCAGUCCAGCAAGGUAGGCUCACAUUCGACCUCUACAACACCGAGCGCAGUUCUCUGUGGCACCCUUCAUACCCACUUCAUGCCAAAUGCUUUGAUAUUCUCGAGCGGGUCCAAAGACACCGUGCCACCAGCCGUGGGGAUCAGCCUGGAAGUCUCAAGCUCGACAGUCUGCACAAGGGCAUGGCAAGAUAUGAGUUACCUUAUAAAUUUCAUAUGAAUCUGGGGAGCUAUGGGGAGUUUUUUCACUGCCAUGACGACCAUUGGAUUGGCCCGCACGAGUCGUUGGAGCCUUGGUACCACGACCCCAUGGAUGUGCCGGUUCUAAACGCCCUGGACAAGACACACGAGCGCGGACGAGUGCGGGUACAUGCGCGUGGCUCUGCAUCAGCGGCAAAUUGCUUGAGCGACCUGCCGGUAGAGAUUCUGGUCCUUGUCGCCAACCAGCUUGACAUUCAAUCCGCUGUGAGAUUGACGCGCACUUGCAAGGAGGUCAACGCCAUCCUGAGAAAGAAUUUCUGGCGGAGCAGACUCUUUACGGACAUGCCGUACCUCUUCGAACUCCGGGAGAAAGUCAGUAAAGAUUCGACGAUCAGUGCUACUAUCGACUGGCAAGAUCUCUACGGGCAAAUGCUGCUCCAAAGCUACACUGGAUUUUGGGAUAGAGUAUGGUGGAAGCUCACCGACCCGAAUCGCCAGCUGCCUCCAAACGCAGAUCUGCUCCUCGAACAUCUUGCUAGCUGUGGCCGCGGUGGACUUCUCCAACGAGGAACCAUGGUCUCGAAGUUCGAUCCGACUUUGAUUGGCAUAGCAAGUCGACGACAGUGUGGAGUUGCGCAGAGGAGUUGCUAG